UUGACGUGCUGACGUCAGCUUUGUGGGCGGAGCAUAUGCCAGUCUGCUUCUGCCGGGGAACCAGGGUCAGGGGUGAAAGCGGAUCCAAGAUGUCAGCGGCGCGGAGGCUCCUCUGGGCGUCUCUGGUGUUAUGCAGCUGCCUUAUUCCUGCUCUGAGCGUUGACAGGAGCAACUUUAAAACAUGCGACCAGAGUUCUUUCUGCAGACGUCAACGAAAGCUACAGCCAGGAUCCUCCCCAUACAGAGCUUUGCUAGGCAGUGCAGAACUGAGCGGUGAUAGAUUUUCUGUCAAGCUGAUCGAUGACAAGAACCAGGUUUCUCUUCUGCUGGAAGUCUUCGGUCUGGAUGGAAACAUGACUCGCAUAAAGAUUAAUGAAAUAAAUCCCCUAAAACCUCGUUACGAGGUCCCAGACGUGCUGAUAGAGCCGCCCAGGCCAGCAGAGUUACAGGUGUCGGGGCAGGAUGAUAACACCCUGGAGCUGUCCUUGGGGACAACAGGACACACGUUGCUGGUUACAGGGACCCCUUUUCGUCUGGAUAUCCUUGCUGGUCAAGAUCUGGUGCUGAGUGUGAACUCAAGGGGGUUGCUUCACUUUGAACACCUGCGUCAGCGGAAGGACACUCUCUCGGAUAAAGUUAGUAGCGCUGUCGGUAACAUGUGGCAUAAAGUGAAGACUCUUUUCUCUAGUGACUCUGAGAAGCAUGAAGUAUCUCCUGAAAGUGAAGAACCGAAUGCAGGAGAGCCGGAAACACCAAAAGAGGAGGAGGAGGAGAGCAAAAAGGCUGAAGAGGAAGAGCCGGGCAUGUGGGAUGAGACCUUUAAAACUCACACGGACUCAAAACCAAAUGGCCCAUCCUCUAUUGGUUUGGAUUUUUCUCUGCCGGGGUUUGAACAUGUUUACGGGAUCCCAGAACACGCUGAUAACUUGAGACUGCGAACUACAGAGAGCACAGAUCCAUACCGUCUUUAUAACCUGGACGUGUUUCAAUAUGAGAUUUAUAACACCAUGGCGCUAUACGGCUCUGUUCCCUUACUUCUUGCACACAACAUUCACCGCACGCUGGGCAUCUUCUGGCUGAACGCUGCUGAGACCUGGGUUGAUAUCAGUUCUAACACAGCUGGCAAGACCUUGCUGGGCAAGAUGCUGCAGUACAUGCAAGGAGGCGGGGAGACGCCUCAGACAGAUGUGCGCUGGAUGUCGGAGAGUGGGAUCAUUGAUGUCUUCUUGCUGCUUGGACCUUCUCCGCAUGACAUCUUUAGACAAUAUGCCAGCCUCACAGGCACUCAGUCGCUGCCCCCGUAUUUCUCUCUCGGGUACCACCAGUGCCGCUGGAAUUAUAACGAUGAGGAGGAUGUGCGCAAUGUGGAUUCUGGCUUUGAUGAACACGAUCUUCCUUAUGAUGUGAUCUGGCUGGAUAUCGAGCACGCCGAUGGGAAGAGAUAUUUCACUUGGGAUCCGCACAAGUUCCCCACUCCCCAAGAUAUGCUGAGUCGGCUGAAAGACAAGCGGCGCAAAAUGGUUGCUAUUGUUGACCCUCACAUAAAAAUAGACAACAAUUACCGAAUUCACAACGAGAUCCGGUCUCGCAAUUUCUUUGUCAAAACCAAGGACGGCAGCGACUAUGAGGGGUGGUGCUGGCCAGGUUCGGCUGCUUAUCCGGACUUCACUAACCCAGAAAUGAGGGACUGGUGGUCCAGCAUGUUUGCUUACGACCAGUAUGAGGGGUCCAUGGAAAAUCUGUUUGUUUGGAACGAUAUGAAUGAACCAUCUGUAUUUAACGGGCCAGAAGUGACUAUGCACAAAGAUGCUGUGCACUGGGGUGGCUGGGAGCACCGUGACAUACACAACAUAUAUGGGCUCUACGUGCAAAAAGCCACUGCCCAGGGUCUGAUCCAGCGUUCCGGUGGCAAGGAGCGCCCUUUUGUGUUAACACGUGCAUUUUUUGCAGGAUCUCAGCGCUAUGGGGCGGUUUGGACGGGCGAUAACGCAGCUGAAUGGGAUCACCUUAAGAUCUCUGUUCCCAUGUGCCUUAGUCUGUCUCUGGUGGGCAUCUCGUUCUGUGGAGCUGACGUUGGAGGUUUCUUUAAGAACCCAGAGCCGGAGCUGUUGGUUCGCUGGUACCAGGCUGGCGCAUAUCAGCCUUUCUUCCGUGCUCAUGCUCACUUGGACACCCCUCGCCGAGAGCCCUGGCUGCACGGAGAGGCCAACAUGCUGAUCAUAAAGGAAGCUCUACGCCAGCGAUAUGCUCUCCUCCCUUUCUGGUACACUCUCUUCUACAGAGCUCUGCGCAAGGGAGAACCCGUCAUGAGGCCUCUAUGGGUGGAAUAUCCCUCUGAUGUGACCACAUUUGCUAUGGAUGAUCAGUACCUGUUGGGCACGGCUCUCUUGGUGCACCCUGUCACGGAGUCCAAUGCUCGAGGAGUACAGAUUUACCUCCCUGGGGACAAAGAGGUCUGGUAUGAUGUUCACACCUACCAGCGGUAUCAGGCCCCUCAGUCAUUCUACCUACCUGUCACCAGCAGCUCGAUCCCAGUAUAUCAGCGUGGGGGCACCAUUAUCCCUCAGAAGAAUCGCCCCAGACGAUCCUCAGAUUGUAUGCAAGACGAUCCAUUUACUUUAUACGUCGCUUUGGACCUGCAGGGUGAAGCACGUGGCGAGCUUUAUUUAGAUGAUGGUCACACCUUUAACUAUGAGCAGAAUGAGUUCUUAUAUCGAGGGUUCACCUACAGCCAAGGAGAGCUGACCUCAAGUUCCCUGGAGCCACAAGGGGUAUUUAAGACACCCAGCUGGAUAGAGCGGAUCAUAAUUCUCGGAGUGACAAAACCAACUAGCGUAACCCUGCGCCUGCCAGGUCUUUCAGAAACCCAACUGGAGUUUGAAUACGACGCUAACACAUUGGCUCUUACAGUGCGAAAACCAGGAAUGAACAUUGCAGCAGAUUUCACUGUCUCCCUGCGAUAACCAAACUCUUGACGCAUAACAGGGGGCUCAGAGAGAGGGCCACGUCGGCUCACAUUUGAGAGGAGGGGGUGGGGAUUGAGAGACUAACUUUACCCAUGGACCAAACACGAGAUUAAACCUGAGGAGAGAGUAUAAGCAUUGUCUUGUGUAUGACUGCACUUACUACUGUGAGCGUGUAUAUAUGUGUGAUUGUGUGUGAGUUCUAGAAUCCGCUGCACUUAUGUCGUGUGUGUCUAUAGCUGGAUUAUGCACUGCGUGUUCUGAUCAAAACUGUAUAACCAACAGAAAUGGGGACCCCCUUCUCUCAGAUGAGCUUCCGCAGCCCCCUCCUACAACGCAGUUUCCCUCAUUUCCCUUUUGCUAGACCUUGUUCACGCAACACCACAACUUAACUCACUCUCCCAACGGCAGAACGAGGAGGGACAGCCAAUGACAAACUAGCAAUUCUCAGGGCUGCAGUCUAUCAAAGGAAGACCAGAAUCACUGUAGAAAGCUGGGUAGUAGUAGCAGGAACUGUUCCCCUUUCAUUUCUGUUCUCGUCCCACUUUUCUAGCCACUCAACCGACUAGGACACUGGGACUUACCUCUAAUGUGACUCUUCUGGCUGAAAGGAAUCGGCUCCCCGUCCCCGUAUCCUGGUCUCUGAGGGAAUCCAUCAUGAUUUUGUUUUUUUAUUUUAUAUAAACAUUCCCAUCUUCCACUGGGUGGGCCUUGGUCUGUCACUCAUUGAAUUGGAUACGUUUUGAUAAAAUGAGAAUAAAAACAUAAAACUCAA